AUGGCAUGCGCUGCAGAUGCUGUCUCGGGGACGCAGCAACAAACAUUGGGGCCCCCAGGGGGCCCUGGGGCCCCAGGGGCCCCCGGGGGGCCCCCUCUGUUGACUGCUGAGGCGCUGCAGCGGCUGAGACGGUUGGCGUGGAGGAGUGUGCAGGAGGCCCUUUUGGGGGCCUUCAGGUACUUGAACAACUGCGCCUUGCCGGGGUUCAAGCAGCAGCAGCAGCAACAGCAGCAGCAGCAGCAGCAGCAGCAGCAGCACGAGGCAGCGGCAGCAAACACACCAGCAUUGUGUUGCUGCUGCUGCAGCACAAUGCCAGCAAGACGCAUCCGCCGUCGCGACAUGCGCCGCUGCAGCAGAACCAACAGCAGCAGCAGCAGCAGCAGCAGCAACAGCAGCAGCAGCAGCAGCAACAGCAGGGCGUAUUUAAUAAACUUGCUGGGGGGCCCCAGCGGCUGCGUGUUGUCUCGCGCCUGCCUUGCAGCUCUAGGGGCUACCCUCGUGCAGGGGGGCCCCUUCAUCCACUCCGAAGCAGGUUUAGGGGUGCAUGACCAUUGGUCUACAAGAGCAGCUCAAGCAGAUGUGCUUCUGAUGGCAUGCGCUGCAGAUGCUGUCUCGGGGACGCAGCAACAAACAUUGGGGUCCCCAGGGGCCCCCGGGGGCCCUGGGGCCCCCGGGGGGCCCCCUCUGUUGACUGCGGAGGCGCUGCAGCGGCUGAGACGGUUGGCGUGGAGGAGUGUGCAGGAGGCCCUUUUGGGGGCCUUCAGGUACUUGAACAACUGCGCCUUGCCGGGGUACAAGCAGCAGCAGCAGCAGCAGCAGCAGCAACAACAGCAGCAGCAGCAGCAGCAGCAGCAGCAGCAGCACGAGGCAGCGGCAGCAAACACACCAGCAUUGUGUUGGCAGCAAGACGCAUCCGCCGUCGGGACCAGCGCCGCUGCAGCAGAACCAACAGCAACAGCAGCAGCAACAGCAGCAGCAGCAGCAGCAGCAGCAGGGCGUAUUUAA